UGCAUAUAUCGAAGCAUUCCUAAGUGCAACGGCGAUAAUGGCCGCGGUUUUACCUAUCUUGCGGUCGAGCGAUUCGGCAAAGGUGCGCGUAUGCGUAGUCGGCGCGGGCGCUGCUGGUUUGUGCGCCGGGCGCCAUCUUGCGAGCGACCUGGUCACGUGGGAGCCCGCGAUUUUUGAACAGACCAGCCAGGUCGGCGGCACGUGGGUGUACGAUGAAAGAACCGGUACUGAUGAGUUUGGCUACCCCAUUCACUCCAGCAUGUACAAACAUUUGAAGACUAAUUUGCCGUAUAAAAUUAUGGAUUUUCCUGAUUAUCGCAACUUGUUGAAAGACGACUACAGCUCCGCCACUCAUCAAGAGGUGUUAGCCUACUUGCAAGCUUAUGCUAAUCACUUUGAUCUUUAUCGGUUCAUUAAGUUUAACACGAGAGUGGAGAAUGUUCGUCCCGUUGUCAACAGCGACGAGGGCCACACCAAAUGGCAAGUUAGAGUGAAAAAUGUAGAAACUCACGAGAUACAAGUUAGAGAUUUCGACGUCGUAAUGGUGUGCAAUGGGCACUACUUUGAACCAAGCAUUCCCGCAAUACCUGGUGUGGGGAGUUUUCCAGGCGAAAUCUUACACAGCCACUCAUAUAGGGAACCAAAUAAGUUUGCGCAAAAAACAGUGGUCAUUUUGGGAGCGUCAAUGUCCGGAAUUGAUAUUGGCCUGGAAUUGACCGAAACGGCUCGUCAAGUGUACUUGAGUCACAAUAAAGAGAAAUUAACCGCCCCCCUGCCGUCGAAUAUGAUUCAGGUUGCUGGAAUCGAGAAAAUCGAGAACAAUGUCUUCACCUUUAAAGAUGGAGUCACUACCACUGCCGAUGUGUUUAUGUAUUGUACCGGCUAUUUGUUCAGAUUUCCAUUUCUUGAUGACAGUUGUCAAAUACAAGUGGACGAUAAUUAUGUCAGUCCACUUUACAAGCACCUUGUUAAUAUCGAGCAUCCUACAAUGUGCAUCGUCGGCAUUCCCUCCUCUGUCGUACCGUUUCCUUUAUUUCAUAUGCAGGUCAAAUACUUUUUGGCUCUGUUGCAAGGCCGCGUGGAAUUACCUUCGAAAUCGGAUAUGUUGGUGGACGCUGCUUUGAAGACACCGAUGAAAAGACACGCUCACAGAUUGGCCAAUAAGCAAUGGGAAUACAACGAUAGUUUGGCAGAUGCAGGCGGUUUUGAACGUCUUCCAGCUUUCUACAGAAUAGGCUAUAAUUCUUGGAGUCAAGAGAGAAACAGAAAUCUGCUUAAUUAUAAAAAUACAAAAUUUCUGAUCUCCGAAGACGGACAAACCGUCCAAAUAAUUCCUCUUGGUGAUCACGCUUAAAUUUCAUCGUUUCCCUUCAAUUU